GGCGCCGUAUACGUUAGAUCGAAGAUAAUGAAUUCAUCUUCUUUGCUUUGUUCGCUGCCUCUUUCGCCUCGUCUGUCUUCAGGCAACUUGCAGCGGCGCCCCGGAAAUCGCUAUGGUGGUUACGGAGGCGGAGUAAGUAGGAUUUCGGUGUCGAAGAGAGAUGCGUACAAUCACAAUUAUGAUGGCAAGCUUGUUGAUGAGAAUAUGAUUGUGUUGAGGAAGCGGAUUCAGGAGAUGAAGGUGGCGGAGAGGAAUGAGGAGGCACCGUUGCAUUGGAUGGAGUGGGAGAAGCGGUAUUACGCCCAGUAUGAUUCGGAUAUCUGUGAAAUAGUUGGACUUCUGCAGUCUAAAUUAAUGGAAACUAGGCCCGCUUUGGCUUUGGCAAUGGCAGUUGUUAUCUUGUUGAGUGUUCCUACCUCAACGGUUGUGAUUUUGUCUCAUUUUAUCAGUUUCUUCCCGGGAUUAUAAAUAUACAGUAAUUAAUUACGUAGAUCUUCAUUUUUAUUAUUAUUUUCUAAUUUAGAGGUAGUUAUUUAAUAUUACAAUAGUUUCGCUGGAUAUUUAAGGAAUUCAGUAAUAAUUACCUUUCAUUUUG